AUGUCCUCUGCUCAUGAUGCCACCACCAAGAUCUCCAUUGACAAGUUCGACGGCGACAACUACGCGACGUGGAGCCGCUACAUGCGUGGCGUGUUUCUGACCAAGUCGGCGUGGCACGUGGUGAACCGGGAGACCACCCCCACCUUCGCCGAUCCUCGCGCCAGUGACGACUACGUCAAGACGAACAACAUUGCGUUCGGCUUGAUGCUGCUGCACAUGAGCGCGGACUACCAUCACAUCGUCGAUGACUGUGAAGAGGCGUGGGUCGCGUGGGCGCGUUUGAAGACGCUGUACGGCGGGUCGCAGAAAGCUGGACGCAUCUACUUGAAGCGCCAGCUGUUCAAAUGGAGAUGGCGGAAGGCGGCAAUGUGA